AUUGCUUCAGUGUUUCUUGCUCUGUUUUUUUUCAUUAUUUCUUCAAGAAACAUACAAUUGAUAAUUAAGUAGAAGUAGCAGUUUAGUAAUUUGUAGUUUGGACAAAAACAAUUAAACAUGGCAAUGAUGCUUAGAGGCCAUGGAGGUUCUGCAAUUGGAGUUUCAAGCUUUCCAUCAUCAUCUUCUUCAUCUUCCUCUUAUUUAAAUCAAAAUGCCAAACCCUCUUCUCUAAUAACCUCACCAUCAAUCCACUUGCAGAUGGUAUGUAAACAAUUAACAAUUCGCACAAGUACUAGUACUGCCUGUUUUGCCGUACAAGAAUCUUCUACUUCCACAGUGACUGCUAAUGAAGAAGAUAAUAAGGAAGCUAAGCCAGUUAAAAAAGCAGCUCCAGCCAAGCCGAAAGCUAAAGCUCCGGCAAAAGCGCUGCCGGAGAUGAUGGAAGAAGAAGUAAUCCCCUCACUGAAAUCCAUUCUUGAGGCUCAAGAUGAUGUUACUGAUCUUGAGCUUUCUUUCCAAGACAAUAAGUUGGAAGGCUCCUUUGCAAAGAACGGCAAUCCCUAUUCGUUUUGGGCAUUUUUCCCUAAUGGGGUCCUAACAGGUCCAAAAGGCUUUUCUCUGUCCUCUUAUGGAUGGGAUGCGAGCACAGUUGAGCCAUUUCUGAUUGAUGAGAAGAAGAUAACAGCAAGGCAUGUGGUUUUCUGGGUUGAAAAGCGUUUGGCAGCACAAGGAAUCAUUCCUGUCUGGAAUGAUUGAUCAACUAAACCAUAUUCAUAUGUAAAUUGGAUCAACCAAAAACUAAAUUUUGGUUAACAUUUACACCUUGUCACAUUUUAUUUUUUCAUAUAAUAAAGAUGACAAAAUCUCACCUCUUUCUGUAAA